CGUCGCGCAGAGGUUCGCUGGGCAGUGCUGUCUCACCAGUGAGGCGGGGAAACCGGCAAGUUCCGAGUCCUGUCCAACGUGCGGCCCCCAGCCCUCCGCCACCAUGGAGUACCUCAUUGGCAUCCAGGGCCCCGACUAUGUUCUUGUCGCCUCCGACCGGGUGGCCGCUAGCAAUAUUGUCCAGAUGAAGGACGAUCAUGACAAGAUGUUUAAGAUGAGUGAAAAAAUCUUACUCCUGUGUGUUGGAGAGGCUGGAGACACUGUACAGUUUGCAGAAUAUAUUCAGAAAAAUGUACAACUUUAUAAGAUGCGAAAUGGAUAUGAGUUGUCUCCGACAGCAGCAGCUAAUUUCACACGCCGAAACCUGGCUGACUGUCUUCGGAGUCGGACCCCAUAUCAUGUGAACCUCCUCCUGGCUGGCUAUGAUGAACAUGAGGGGCCAGCACUCUACUACAUGGACUACCUUGCUGCCUUGGCAAAGGCCCCCUUUGCAGCCCAUGGUUAUGGUGCCUUCCUGACUCUCAGUAUCCUGGACCGAUACUAUACACCAACUAUCUCACGUGAGAGGGCAGUGGAGCUUCUUAGAAAAUGUCUGGAGGAGCUCCAGAAACGCUUCAUCUUGAAUCUGCCAACCUUCAGUGUUCGAAUCAUUGACAAAAAUGGCAUCCAUGACCUAGAUAACAUUUCCUUCCCUAAACGUGAACCCUAACAUCGUACCCUCCUUCCCACUUGCCAGGAAACUGUUUUUGACAGGAAUCUUUAAUUUUUUUCUACUCUUUGGAUGUGUACUCGUGAAAGAUGGUUAAUUCUGAAUAAAAUUAAAUAUGGGUAAAUUAA